AACAGUCUCAUUCACACGCCCAGCUCUGUAGAGGAGUAUCAGUUAGUUCCAGAGGAGGCUGGAUUAGAAGCGGAUACUGAGUUGUCUCCUGAGUAAACGCGCACCUGCUUCGUUCGGUACUGCCUGACGAAUUAUUUUCUCGCUUUUACAGUUUUAAUCAAAGCAAAGUGCUGAGGUGGAAAUUUGUAAAAUGACGGACACGCUGUUACAACACGGGGGCGAGAGCGGCGGUGUGGGGGAGAGUGAGUACUUCAUUAAGGGCUGUAACCCGCUGGCUCAGACAGGCCGCAGCAAACUCCAGAAUCAGAGAGCGAGUUUGAAUCAGAAGAUCAUUAAACAGAUGAGAAUGAGAGCUGGGGCAGAAAAUCUCCUCAAGGCCACAUCCAACAAUAAAGUGCGAGACAUGGUCUUGAUGGAGCUGAGCUACGCAAAUUCCAACCUGCAGCAUCUCAAGGAGGAACUGGAAGGUCUAAACAGCUCCGUGGAGGUUUAUCAGAACGUACAAGAUUCACCUGUAAUCCCUCUCAUUCCUCUGGGUCUGAAGGAGACCAAAGAAGUGGAUUAUUCAGUUGCGUUUAAGGACUUUAUCCUGGAGCAUUAUAAUGAGGACGGAGCUCACUAUCAGGAGGAGAUUGAUGAUCUGAUGGAUCUCAGACAGGCUUGCCGUACUCCUAGACGUAGCGACGUAGGGGUUGAUCUGCUUGCUGGCUACUUCAGCCAGCUAGCCCUCUUGGAAAGCCGUUUCUUUUCCCCGAAUCGGCAGAUUGGCAUUUUCUUCACCUGGUAUGACUCUUUUACAGGAGUGCCAGUGUGCCAGAAGAAUAUCUCCCUGGAAAAAGCCAGCAUCUUGUUCAACAUGGCUGCACUCUACAGCCAGAUCGGUACACGCUGCGACAGACACGCACAGGCCGGCCUCAACGAUGCCAUCGCUGCCCUGCAACAAUCAGCUGGUGUGCUCAAUUACCUCAAAGAGACGUUCACGCACACUCCCAGCUACGACAUGAGCCCUGCCAUGUUGAGCAUGCUGAUAAGGAUGAUGCUAGCACAGGCGCAGGAGUGCCUGUACGACAAGAUCAAUCUGCAGGGCGUCCGCAACGAGUUCUUCAGCCUGCUCAGGAUUGCUCAGGAAGCUGCCAGAGUGGCAGAUGUGUAUGAACAGGUGCAUCAGUCCAUGAUCCAGACCCCUAUUAAAGACAAUGUGCCCCUCUUCUGGUCUACAAUGGCACAAGUGAAGAUCCAUUACUACCGUGGCCUCGCCCAUUACUAUGUCUCCACAUCUUUAAUAGACCAUCAGUUAACCCCCAGUGAUGAUGAUGAUAAACAGGAGAAGGCUCUAUCUCAGUUGUAUGACAACAUGCCUGACGGACUCUCGGCCCUCGAGAUCUUGAAGGACAAACAGGAAAGGUGUCGCGUAGGCAAGGCUCAUCUUAGACGUGCGACUUCGGAACAGGAAGAGGCAGUGCGUGUCCAGGGGUUCUGCCGUCAUCUCCGCGACCUCGACGUCCUCAAGGCCAUCCUGGAAGCCAGCCACAGAUAUUCACUCGGGAAACUGGAGCAAAACGAAAAUAAGGACGAGUUCACAGACUUCAUGGAGGCACCAGAAAUAAUCUCAAAAACUGAGCAGAGUGCAGAACUUGAAGUCCCUUCAACCACAAAGGUGAAAGUCAAAGACUUGUUCCACCGACUGGGGCCGUUGUCCAUAUUCUCAGCCAAGCAGAGAUUGACGACACCCCGCACUGUCAGGGUGAAGGUAGAGGACAGAGAUCUAGGUUUCACACUGAAGGGCGAGGCACCUGUCCAGAUUCAGUCACUUGACCCUCUCUGUCAUGCAGCUGCCAAUGGCAUAAAGGAGGGCGAUUAUCUGGUUGCCGUGGGCGAUACCGAUUGUAAAUGGAUGGGUGUCAGUGAUGUCAUGAAGCUGCUGAAAGACGUGGACGAGGAAGGCAUCGACAUUAAAGCCGUCAGCUUGAUGGACAGCAGCAGCCAGCCAAUGCCAGCGAAAAGCGCCACAUACUCCGGCGGCCUCCCGAAAACCUACUCCAUGAUCUGCCUGGCCCACGACGAUGACGACAAACACCCGAAAGCACGCAAGGUCUCCAAGAAGACCUCGUUCAUCAACUGGGGGCUGAAGAACAAGCACAAGAGUGCCAGCACGCUCAGCCUGCCCACAGUAAACUAUAAGCCCACGGUUCCCAGCUACUAUAACAACAGUGGCCUCCACUGAGCUCACGGAUGUAGCAAGGACAAACGGAGGACACCUAGUGAUCUGCUGGUAGUGGAGUAGCAUUUCGUUCUGCAGGUACAAACAGAUCAGAGGAAAAUAUAAUGGGUUUAUAAAGGAAAAGUACAUUUGCACAGAAUAUUUAAAGAUUAAUGAAGGAUGUUUUGUUUCUUGUGUGAGCUGGUAAUCAGUUUAUAGGCUUGCAGGUCAUUGGCAUGGAAAAUUAUUAGAAUUAGGUAGUUCUUUUAUGUCGCAGAUCUGUUCUAAUGGGUGUGUGCCAUAUAUACUUUAUCAUACACAUCUUGUUCUUUUACCAAUCGAGCUGCUGUUGUAAAUGGUUCUUAUUUUGUGGUAUUUCUACCAAAGGGUCAAAUAUUAUUGUUAAGAUAGUUUCCUAAUGUGUUUCUUAGUGAGUGAUAUCAGUCAGUUUGUCCUAAGUUCCACUUGUCUUCAUUGUAAUACAUUCCAUACAGUAGUCUAUAUAUUAAACGGGUAUCAUUAGGGGUGCACGGAUCCGAAUCGUCCCUCGUUUUUGGUGGGACAUGAGCGCCAAAACUGAUCUGCUGCUGACAUUUUCGACUGAAUACAGUGCAAGCAGUUAAGGAUUAAGGGCUUUGCUCAGCGGUUCAGAUGAGCUUAAACAAAUGAUCUUCUGAUUACUAGUCCAGUACCCUAACCACUAAGCCGAACCGAACCGACCUGCAUCAAACAUUCCCUUGUGUGUUCCCUCCUUGUUUCUACACUCACUGUCCAUUUUAUCAGUUCCACUUUCCAUAUAGUUCUACAAAUACUGACUGUAGUCCAUCUGUUUCUCUACAUACUUUUUUAACCUGCUUUUACUCUGUUCUUCAGUGGUCAGGACCCCCACAAGUGCACUGCACUGACACUGGUGGUGGUGUGUUAGUGUGCGUCGUGCUGGUAUGAGUGGAUUAAAUACCGUGCCCACUCACUGUCCACUCUGUUACACACUCCUACCUAGUUGGUCCACCAUGUCGAUGUAAACUCAGAGACGAUCGCUCAUCUAUUGCUGCUGUUUGAGUUGGUCAUCUUUGAGAUCUUCAACAGUGGUCAUGGGGCGCUGUUGGCUGGAUGUUUUUGGUUGGUGGACUAUUCUCAGUCAACACACCACCAUCGAGUCAGUGUCACUGCAGCGCUGAGAAUGACCCACCACCUAAAUAAUACCUGCUCUGUGGGGGUCCUGACCAUUGAAGAGCUUCCACAUGGUAAGUUGAGCUGAUAAAAUGGACAGCGAGUGUAGAAACAAGGAGGUGGUUUAAAUGUUAUGGCUGAUCAGUGUAUAUAUACUUAAUGUUGAUAGUAGUUUGGUACGAUGCAACAUAUUUAUGCCACUUUGCACCAAGUGUGUAUGGAGUGUAGGGAUGUACAUAUUGGUCACAUGAUGCAAAAGUUAGUAGGCGGUUCCUGUUUGUUACUUUUCUAGUGCAUACUAGUCUAAUCUAUUUUAUAAAAUCUGUUCAUAUGGGUGGCAAGAUGAAUUGUGCCAGGACUGUAGUUGGUUCUCGAGUUCAACCUCGAAGGAUUGAAAAGGAAUCUUAUUUAGGACAACGGACAACCUUUUUUUUCUGCUGUCACUUCUUGUUUUUACGUAGGCUAACACUCCUCCAAGUGUUAGAUGUAUCUCACUGUCUACAAGGUAGAUUCCUAUACACAUUUGAUAAUCAAAUAAAUAGGACACGCAAAGAGAAAGAUGUAUAAAUAUAUGUGUGUAUGUAUGUAUGUAUUCAUUUGAUGUAUUUAGUGACUGUAUAGUCCAACUGUGGCUUCAUGUACGAAGAGAAGUUUCGGACGCCACACAGGAAAGCAGUUGAUCUUUUUUGUUAAUCUUUUUAAUGUUUGUGCAGUGACAAAGUAUUUAAUUUGUUCUUAUUCUUCUCCAGAUGAUUGGUUUUCCUGUAUCUAUGUGUCAUAUAUUGUUAAUUCUCAUGUGUAAAUAUAAUAUGAUGAUUUUCUCAUUUUCUGGUGCCUUUACAGGAGCAGCAAUAUCUCUGUUUUUUUAAACCAACAUUAUGUGAUUAAUAACAUUUAAACAAGUGCAUUAGGGAUAUUCGUACACUGGGUUUGUUGUGGAUCAAGUAUUAUCAUUGUAUUAAUGAAGGUCAUUGGGGAUGAGCUAUGUUACUUUAAUCACUGGGCUUUGUCACAAUCUAGACUGCUUUUUUUCUGCUCCAGAUUCUAUUUAAUUGUGAUUUGUCACUUCAUGCUAUGUAUCUAUAAAGCUGAACAUAAAUAAAAUAUUGGGUGUCGUUA